CCAACCGAUCAUUUUUCUGGCUAAGAUUCAUUCUCAAUGUCCUCCCUUCAGCCGAAAUAGCGAUGCAGUCACCAGGAGACCCAUAUUUGAGCUCCACGGCAACAUGUCAAGCACACAACUUUACCACCAAAUUGUCCAAACAAAAACCACCGCCUUAUGCGUCAGUUUCCGGCGACCGGAAACCACCACACACUCUAACCUGCACUUCCCUCCUUCCAAAACUUUGAAAUACAAAAGCUUAGCCCUUAACACUAACAAGGGCUCCAAAUGGGCCACCAGGCUAAGCUUGGUUGAACAAAGCUUGCCAAAAUCAACGGUCGACGUGGAACGCUUAGUGGGUUUCUUGUAUGAGGAUCUACCACAUCUCUUUGAUGAUCAGGGGAUUGAUCGGACGGCCUACGAUGAACGUGUGAAAUUUCGGGACCCAAUCACCAAGCAUGAUACCAUUAGUGGAUAUCUGUUUAACAUAUCUCUAUUGAAGAUUCUGUUCAGGCCUGAUUUCAUGUUGCAUUGGGUCAAACAGACAGGUCCUUAUGAAAUAACCACAAGGUGGACUAUGGUUAUGAAGUUCAUUCUUUUACCAUGGAAACCAGAAUUGGUCUUCACAGGAACUUCAAUUAUGGGCAUCAAUCCAGAGACCGGGAAGUUUUGCAGUCAUAUUGACUUUUGGGAUUCUAUAAAGGAGAACAACUAUUUUUCUGUGGAAGGUUUGUGGGAUGUGUUCAAGCAGCUCCGUAUUUAUAAGACUCCAGAUUUGGAAACGCCCAAAUAUCAGAUUUUGAAAAGAACUGCAAAUUAUGAGGUUAGGAAGUAUUCUCAAUUUAUAGUGGUAGAAGGAAGAGGAGAUAAACUAUCUGGGUCCAGUGGCUUUAAUGAUGUUACUGGGUACAUUUUUGGAAAGAAUUCCAGAGAGGAGAAGAUACCAAUGACGACUCCUGUAUUCACUGAAGCAUAUGAUUCUGACAAGUCUAACGUAUCAAUCCAAGUAGUUCUUCCACUGGAGAAAGAUAUAAGCAGUUUACCGGAUCCUAAUCAAGAAACAGUUAGCUUGAGAAAGGUGGAAGGAGGGUUUGCUGCUGUACUUAGGUUCAGUGGAAGACCUACUGAGGAUGUUGUGAGAGAAAAAGAGAAAGCUUUGCGCUCAAGUCUUAUCAAAGACAGCCUGAAACCUAAGAUUGGUUGUUUGCUUGCGCGUUACAAUGACCCAGGACGAACUUGGAGCUUUGUAUUGAGGAAUGAGGUGCUAAUAUGGCUCGAGGACUUUACAUUGGACUAGCAGUAUGUGCAUCACGGCCUUUCAAAGAGAUGGUCUAAGCAGUCAUAACUGUGAGUAGAUGUGUUCUGCAGAGGAGAUGUGCUUUGCAGUAGGAAGUUAUACAAAACUACAGUUCAAAGAAAUCAAUAUUGGUAUGAAUUUGUUGUUAUUUUUAGAUGCUUGAAAAUCCAUUUUAACAUCUUUAAAGUGCAAGACAUAUUAAGUCUCUAUAUGUAGAAGACCAUAUCGGAUCUGAAACAUCAUAGCUCAAUUGUUGCCAUUGAAUUUUUGUUUCCAUUUUUCCGUUUCUAUUUCCAAUGGAUAUUGUAUAAUCUUAAUUUCAUAAAUGAAUGUUGGAUAUGGAUGAUUUUGUUCUU